AUGUUGCUUCUUGGAGAUUAAAUAAAACAAAUCAAUCCUCCUAUGGCUUAUUAUAUUAAAUACUUCGCAAUCAAGAAAGUUCUUUCUUAUAUUAAUAGCAAUUUUAAAGUACCCAAUUUUAUUGUAAUUCUUUAUCAUUAUAAAUCCAAUAGAUUCUUAAUAAACAAAUUACUAUUAUUAGAUAAGAGAUUGAUUUAUUGAAAAAACAAAAUGAAAAACGAUUCUAAUCUUUUGAAGUUGAUAUGCGCAAUAUUGAAGAUUCAGCAUUAAGACUAUUUAAUCAUAUUGAUGAUCUGGAAAGAUAAGGAUAAGAUGAAUUAUGCUCAUCAUUUAUUUUUGCAGUUCAUUUGUUUUCUAUUUUAUCAUUCUUCAAACCACUUAGAGAUGAUUUUCAUGAAAAAAGUAUAAUUACUAAUAUUUUAGAAAAAUAUUCAUAAUAUAAAGCAAUAGAACAAUAUAAUAAAAUGGAAAGUAGUGGAAUCUAUAUAAAUAAUUAGAAAAUUAAUCUUAAAGUAUUUGUAGAAAGUUAUUUAUUUGAUUUACCUACAGAAAAUAUAUGUAAUUAACCUCAUUAACCUGCUUUAUUAAAUUCUGAGGCUCCUAAAAUUGGAAAAUUUGAAUGGAAAAAAACUUAAGAACUUGAAAAAUAUGAAAAUUUAGAAAAAGAAACAAAAACUAAAAUUAGAGCAGCUAUUUCUGAACUUGAUUUUAAAUAGUAUAAAAAUGCAUAACAGCAGAUAUUUACAGCUAUUGAUUUAUUAAAUAAUUUAUUAAAAUGA